AUGGUGACUACUCGCGCUCAAGUCAAGGCGGCCCACGUGGAGGAGCCGCCGCAGCCAUUUCGACUCCUCGACCUUCCCGCUGAGAUUAUCGGUGACGUUUCCAAUCAUCUAGCCGACGAAGAUCUCAUCAACGUACGCCGUGUGUGUCGCGCACUAACAGCACAUUCCGCGAACGCUUUCGGACAGCGCUUUUUCAAUAACCUCGUCGUCAUCCUUCAUCCCACCAGCCUUGGCACACUCCUCGAAAUCUGCCGCCAUCCUGUGCUGUCAAGAUAUGUCCAUGAGUUGACAGUGAGUGGCGAGCGUAUCGGACACGGCAUAGCUCUCAUAGCUGGUGAAGAGGUACACGAGAAGAGACACAUGGACUUACAGACAAGCGUUGAACGCUCACGCAUGGAUCUCAUGAUUCUCACCGAGGUCUUCCGGGAGUUCAACAACUUGAAAAGUAUCCAAAUUGACGUUGAAUCUUUUCGCGGACCUCGAUACAUCGAGGAUGAUGAAAUUCUCUUGAGAUGUGGACGAAGUUCGAUGUUCGGUCUGGAGCGUUCAGAAGGAAAGUCUUGGGAAAAAGGCGAUGACAAUGGUUACAACCGGGUAUACCGCUUGACUCUGCAUGCGAUAGAACAGGCUGAGGUGGACGAAAAGAUCGAGUUAAAGCUCGAGUUCUGGAACUCGUCCCAUUCUGGAGACGCAUUUGAGUACUUUGACAACAAUUCCAGAUACUGGCGUGAGCGCCUUUGCAAGAAACUACGCUACGUCUCUACCACGAACGACAUGGAUCCUGCCUGGAUUGGACAACUGUUGAGGCUAAGUGUCGGUAUCACCAAGCUUGAGCUGAGUCAAAAUCAUACCCUCCUACCGCUCGCUCGCGAACCGGCGGGAACUUUCUUCUUCCCCGGUCUACGUCAUCUCAACUUCACUGAGGUGGUUAUCUACCACGAAGAGUUGGUCGCAUUCCUGCACUUGCACACGUCGAUACUGGAGGACGUUGUGAUCCAAUCUGUGGGUUUACAGCAUGGCACAUGGCACCAGCCACUGCACAUUCUCGAGACCAUGCCCAGCCUCAGGAAACUCUGGCUAAGUAUGCUACUUGAGCAGGCGCCGUGUCAGGAUUCUCCAACAAAUGUUUGGGAUCUGGACUUCGAAAUUCCCGCAUUCUUGAAUGUUGACGUGCGAGAGGAUAUCGAGCUAGCUCUCAGUGCCAUGCGCGCCCAUCCUGGCACUGAUCUCGCGAAUUAUGAUUUUGAUGGCCCCAAUGGAGAGUUGUAUGAGUAUGUGGUACAAUACGACAGAGGCUGGGCUGCUCUGGCCGGGGCUAUCGACUUCAGUAACGGGCGAUGGGAACUGGUGAACACGUAUUCGGAGUAUUCACUAUUGGACUCUGGAAGCAGCUGA